AUGUUCCCGCUGCAAGGUGCCCAGAUGCUGCAGACCCUGGAGAAAUCCCUGAGGAAGAGCCUUCCUGAAUCCAUAAAGGUUUAUGGGACUGUAUUUCACAUGAACCAUGGAAACCCAUUCAACCUAAAGGCUUUAGUAGACAAAUGGCCUGAUUUCAAUACGGUGGUUAUCCGCCCUCAGGAACAGGAUAUGACAGAUGACCUUGAUCAAUACACCAAUACUUACCAAGUCUACUCCAAGGAUCCCCAGAACUGUCAAGAAUUCCUUGGUUCUCCAGAAGUGAUCAAUUGGAAGCAGCAUUUGCAGAUUCAGAGUUGCCAGUCGAGCCUGAAUAAGGCAGUACAAAAUCUUGCAGCGACGAAAUCUUUGAAAAUCGAACGCUCAGAGAACAUUCUCUUCAUCGCAGCUGAAACCAUCAGGAAACUAAUCCCUUCCCUGCUGGAUACAAAGACUUUAUCACCUGGUGAUGGCAAGCCCAAGGCCAUCAACCAAGAGAAGUUUAAAAUCUCAUCCCUGGGUAUUCCCCACGCUGCCUUGGUGAAUAAAUUCUGGCAUUUUGGUGGCAAUGAGAGAAGCCAGAAAUUCAUUGAGCGCUGUAUCCAGAACUUCCCGAGCUCCUGUUUGCUGGGGCCUGAGGGGAACCCAGUGUCCUGGACAUUAAUGGACUACACCGGAGAAACGCGAAUGGGAGGUACCCUGCCUGAGUACCGUACCCAGGGCCUCGUCUCCUAUGCUGUCUAUAUGCAGGCCCAGGAAAUGGCCAAACGUGGGUUUCCUGUUUAUUCUCACACAGUCAGGACCAACACAGCUAUGCAAAAAAUGAGCUACACUCUGCAACAUAUCCCCAUGUCUUGUGCCUGGAACCAGUGGCUCUGUUCGCCCAUGUGA